AUGAAGCGUGCCUUGGCCGACGUCGAUAACGACGAUGGUGGAGACAAUCUCCCCGACCCACAACGAGAGACCUCUGCCAACAAGAAAGCCAGGAUAGAUGUAGACAACGACGACAGCGAGUGGUGCUUGCUUCAUGUGCUCCUCUCGAACGAAAAAGCCAUUACCACUCACUAUCUGUCCCUGCUUCCGCCACGCUGUCUGUGCAAUGUGCUGGCGGCGAGCAAACCGCUCCGCGCGUGCUUCUUCGGCGACGACGGCGGCGGGCUGAUGGCCGAGGUUAUGCCCUGGGUGCUGAGCGCCCGCCUGCAAUUCGACCUGCAACUGGGCGGCGAUGCCAAGGUCACCGAGCGCGCGACGCUGACGGUCAAGCCCAGCCGCGCAUGGUUCUCAUCCUACCAUCUCUACGGACAGAGCGUCGAGAUAGUCCGCCAGACGCUGGAUGCCAUCGAGGCGUUCCAAGCCCAAGGAACCAUGUGGAUCGCCGCCAUCGCCUCGUUCGAAGCCUACUCCAAGCGCAAAAACUCUCCCAGCGCCGCAUCGUCUUGGCGGGCGCACGACUGCCAGGGCACAAUUCUCGACAUGAUCAUCAGUCACUCCUCCCAUCUCCAGAAACUCUGGGAGGCUGCCCAUGCGGCCGUCUUCUCCUUCCCUUUCGGCCAGGGCGCGGCGAGGCUGCUGCGCGUGUCCGAGUCCCUCAUCGCUGAGGCUCGGGUCGACCCUCUCCGCAACAGCGCCACGUUCCACCGGCUGAAGCGAGAUUGGGACACAUCACACGACAUCGCCAAGGCAUACAGCAAGAGCAACCGUUCUUGCAGCAACACGUUCACCAUGAUCGAGGCUUCGUGGCUCUCGCUCAGGACACUCGCUUCCUCCCCCGACUCGUGUCGCCCCUCUGCGCAUGAUCUCCAUUCUUCUUCGCAUCUGCGCGCCAUGUUCAUUCGCCACACGGACACCCUCAUUGCAGCAACACGUCCCUCUGCCCAGGUCGCCGGCAGCGAUCCCGGCAACCUCGCUCUGUUUGGCCACUUCCUAUCGGAGCAGGUCACCCUCAGCAGCAGAAUCACCGACACCACGGAACAAAAGCAAGACGCCGAGCAACUGGCACGGGCACUCGUGUCGUGGGCUUCCAUGAGCAACAUAGCGGCCGCGAACGCCUCAGUCGUCAAGCGCCUGAUCAACGCCUGCUUUCGCGUUCUGCCGAAGUACGACAGGUCAGGCACCAAAAACGACGAAAAGCCCCACGACCCAGUCGUCACCGAAGCCAUCUGCGUCAUCAUCGGCAGAUGUUUUGCCUGGCUUGCGGGCCAAACGCUGGGGCCGGAUUGCCUCGGCACGCCGAACCUCGAGUACAUUGUCUCCUCCACGAUGGACCUUUGGACCGGUCCGCAAGCCAUCGACGGCAUUGUUCCUCUCUUGUCGACAGAGAGCCUGCGGCACAUCUACGCGGAGGGCCUCAAGCACCUCAGCAAGAACAUGGCGUGUCGCAGCCUUCUCAAGCGCGUGGCCGUUUCCUUGAGAGGCGCCAGCAUCACUGACCCAAGCCCGGACUGGAUCAACAGGCUGUGCGAGUCGCUGGAACUCACCAGCCAAUGUUUCGACCCUGUAGGAGCAUGA